AUGUCAACUGUGGAGGGUGUUUGGGCGGAGCUGAAGAACGUGGGCAAGGUCACCAGGCGAAGAAGCGAGGAAUGGUACUCAUUUGAGGUGGACUAUGACAAACUCAACGCCAGUGCCUCGGUGUUGGCCGGUAUAGCAGCGUUCUCUAGCCACAUGUGGAUCAUGGACACCAUGCGAGCCGAGAAGAAGGGCUGGAAGUGGUACGGCGACACGCAGGUCGUCGUCUACAAGUUCACCGCACCCUCCAUGCGUGAAGCGAUCAUCACCGCCAUCGUGGGCACGGCAGUGUCAGGCUCGGGCGCUGGCCGCUUCUCGUCGCCCAACCAGAGCUUCUACGUCGAGUCCAACAGCGACGGCAGCUGGGUGGACUUCUGGCAGAGGACGGCGCAGGGCGACAACGACCUGCCCAAGUGGGAGGGCGCACCACGAGUGACCGUCAAUCUCGUCCAGACCGGUAACACGUGCUGCACUCUGGCCCAGAAGGACGACAAGACCUUCAUCCUUGUGGACUACCUGACCAGUUGA